AACCAAAGCAGCUUUGCAAAGGCUUGGAUGACGACUACCAAAGUUGUCAAAGUCUGUGAGGCUAUGGAGAGCCAUGGGCUGCACCCCCUGGACCACCUUCCACCACCCGCGAGUUCAGACAAGGCCUUAACUCCCUUCAGCAUCGCAGACAUCCUCUGCAGACCGACUGUCAAACGAACUGCCAGGAUUUACCAGCUUCCAGCAUCAGAGAGACCCCGAAAGAGCAUUACUGUAUCACUCAUCACUCAAACAUCGCCUCUGUGCGCUCUUCACGAGCUGGCCAGCAAAACGUUCAAAGGUCUCGAAUUAGGUGUACUCCAAGCAGCAGAAGGAAGGGAUGGGUUGACUCUGUUUGGUCAAAGGGACAGUCUCAAAAAGCGCCGAAAAUCUAGGACGGCCUUCACUAAUCACCAGUUAUAUGAACUAGAGAAAAGGUUUCUUCAUCAGAAAUACUUGUCACCCGCAGACAGAGACCAAAUUGCCCAUCAGCUGGGGCUGACAAAUGCGCAGGUCAUAACCUGGUUCCAGAAUCGACGUGCGAAACUAAAGCGUGAGUUGGAGGAGAUGAAAGCGGACGUGGAGUCGGUCAGAUCCACAGCUAUAGUGACUCUGGAUAAAAUCGCUAAACUGGCCGAUCUGGAGAGGUGUGCGGUUGGAGCCACGGGGCACACGGGGCCAGAGUGCUCGCCACGGCUGGGUCACGAGUACAAGAGUGCGCACAAAUUAUGUCUGUCCCCCAUGUCGUCUCUCUCAGACCACACAAGUCAAGACUACUCCGAGGACGAGGACGUGGAAAUAGACGUCGAUGUCUGAUCGAACCACUGCAUAUUGAUUUUAACUUUUAUACAUUUAUAUUGUAAGACACGCAUGCACAUAACCAUCUACAUGAUUGUAGUGUUUUCUGAAACUGAAUUAGUUUAAUUUAUAGCAAGACUAUGCAAGUCUAACUCUUAUUUGUUCAGAGUGGACUGGCAGCUUAAGUUUUUAUAUAUAAUAUAUUGUAUGUAAUUGUUUUCAUGAGUGUAAUAAGAUAAUAUUUCACGAAUCAGGGCAACAAACAGAGCAAUACAACCUCUUAACGAGAAAAAAAAAACUAUUUUUACAUGUGUAUUUAUUGCAUAGCCUAUAAUUUGUACACAAUCGACAGUGACUGCUUUUUGUAAAGCUUUUGUACAGUUUACUUGCAAUGUAGUGCCUUCCAAAAUUAGGCCAUU